GGUGUUAACAUACAGAGUACUCUCUCACUAGCGUAAAACCAGUGUAUGAUUUAAAGCAAAACUAAAAUCUUGGAUAUUUUUCAUACCUCGACUAACCAGAAUACAGAUCAAUGUCAGCAGUCUCAUGCUGUGGCCAUUUUUUUUAUCUGUGUAAAGAAAAUACAGCGUUUGACUGAAAUUCAGAGAGUUUUUAAAAACAAGUUUACUGCUAGGGAGACUGAGUGAGAGUUAAGUUCAGGAUGCAAGCUGAUUGACAUUUCUGCUGGGAAAUUGAUUAUUUUAUUUUAUUGCAUUUAUUUAUUAUCAUUUUCUUUCUCUAUUGUUGUUGUUGUUUUCUGCUUGUGGUAUCUACUAUUCUGUUUUUUUUAGGUGUAUGUAUUUUUGCCCUUGUGUAAGUAUAGUAAAAAAAAAACAGGUGUAAAAACUUUGGAAAUAGUCGAGCUGAGUGAAUAUAUUCAAUAUUUAAGUAUAUGUAUAAAUCUGCAUGUCACAACUUCCAUUUAAGUCUGUAAUGUAGCCUAGGUGCACAAGUCUUUUGAUCUUGCACCAGGAUCAAUAUGGAAAUAAGUUAUGUUAACUUAUCGGGUUUUUUUAUGCUAGUUUAAUAUAUAGUCUCAUUUUAUUUGGCUUUAUUUUUUUUUUUUACAUUUCUACGAUGAGGCGCUAUUCGUCCAUAUACCGGUAGGUGGCAGCAGCAUACAACAGCGCUACAAAACAUCCUCACGAAGAAGAGUAAAACCCGGAAAUGACGUAUAGUGCAAAAUCAAAACAGUUAAAAUUUGACAGCUCGGCACCGUCCUGCAAAAAGGCUUGUAAAAUGCAAUGGAAAAGGUUACUGCCAAUGUCAGAAAUAAACGACACUAUUUAACCAACGUCUUUAGAUACCGGGGCGACUUUUUAUCGGACUAUCGAGGAAUGCUAAUCAGAGGAAAAGGUUCUUUUGGCUAGUUUAUGUAGUAACGUUAGCUGCAGCAUCUCUUCUCUAUGUAACUAACUGGUUAGCUUCCACGGCUAACGAAAGUUGCUCCAUGGCGAUCUAUGGGCUGAACAUUACCAUAUAUAGACCGGCCACAGAGCUCCCUCGCCGGUGAAAUGUAAACGGUGACUCGCCGAGGAGGCUGACUAAAGGGCAAGCAAAAACAAAACUAAGCCUGAAAGACAAAACACUAGCUAGCUUCACCAUGUCAUCUGAGCAGAUUAUUGCAAUCGUCAUGGAUGACAAAAUCUACGAGGUGAAUAAAAAGAAGCUGAUAGAGAAGAGCGACUAUUUCCGUGCACUGUACAGCUCUGGUAUGAGGGAGUCCACGGAGGACUCGGUGCAGCUGCAGGGGCUCAGUGUCCACGGCCUGGAGCUGGUCCUGGAGUUCAUCAACACCUCCAAGGUUCAGGUUGUCAACGAGACUCUGGAGGACCUGAUUGAGACCGCCUCCUUCUUACAGGUCACCUCCAUCCUCAAGCUCCUAACCUCGGAGAUCCGGCUGGACAACUGUGUGGAGCUGUACAGCCUCUCUGAAGUUUACGGGACUCAUGAUCUGCGUCAUGCUUGCCUCAAAUACAUGAGCUGCUACUAUCACCCCAUGCUGAGGCGGCCAGAGUUCAGUAGCCUCCCCUCUGCUGACAGAGACCAAGUCAGGGAGAUGCGCAUGAAAGGCACUGCCACCCUGGUAGCCAUCGGAGACUUCACCUGUCUGUCCCUGGACGUGCCCGAUCAGGAUGAACCCUGGUCCAUGCUGAGGUAUGGAGAGGUGGAGCAGCGCUGGAAACCGCUGGCAAACAACCUGCCUCCAGAUAUGAUCAAUGUCAGAGGAUAUGGCUCAGCCGUCCUCGAUAACUACCUGUUCAUAGUCGGUGGAUACAGGAUGACGAGUCAGGAGAUCUCUGCGGUGCACUGCUACAACCCCUGUAGGAACGAGUGGAACCAGGUGGCUCCGCUCAACCAGAAGAGGUCCAACUUCAAGCUGCUGGCAGUACAAGGGAAGCUGUACGCUGUAGGAGGCCAGUGUCUGGGCACAGUGGAGUGUUACAGCCCAGAACAGGACUGGUGGACCUGUGUGUCCUCGAUGCCAGACCCGCUAGCUGAGUUCUCUGCCUGUGAAUGCCAGGGGAUGAUAUACGUCAUGGGUGGAUACACUGCAAGAGACAGGAACACAAAUGUCCUCUGCUACAGACCCGCCUCUGACACCUGGACAGUGUUUCGGUCCUGUUCGGCACACAUCCGCAAGCAGCAGAUGCUCUCGGUGGAGGACACCAUCUACCUGGUAGGCGGCUACACCCACGAGCUGGAGGCGGGCCAGCGGCAGCGGCGUCCGAGCCAGACGGAGGAUGUGCUGACAGUGCAGUCCUACAACGUCACCACGGGGGAGUGGAUCCAGCUGAAAGAGAACACGUCGAAGUCGGGCCUGAACCUGACGUGCACGCUGCACAACGACGGCAUCUACAUCAUGAGCCGGGAUGUCAGCCUGCCCACCAGCCUGGAGCAUCGCGUCUUUCUCAAGUACAACAUCUUCUCUGACGCCUGGGAGGCCUUCAGACGCUUUCCGGCUCUGGGACAGAACAUGCUGCUCUGUUCGCUUUACCUCCCCAACGUGCUGUGAUUGAGAGGGCUGAUGUGAGAGAGUUCAGUGAACACUAACAGAUAGCCCAUGCAGCAUUAAUAUAGGCCAGUGUGUGGCUUGCUUGUUCUUGCACAGAAUGGAGCUCUGUGGCAUUAGUGGGAACUAUCUGGUUGCCAGGUUGAACGCCUCGUGACCUCUGUGCCUAAAAAAAAAAAACACACAAAAAACCCCCCACACACUACAUUGUACAUUCUGCUGUGGAUGCAAAUACAAAAGCUACAAUGACAAGUAUGAAAGUGAUGAAGCGCCAUGGCCCGUAGGUCAACAACAUCAUAGCAGCUAGCCCCAGUUUGUGCCUCUCAUGUAUUAACAUUGAAGUUACAUUCAAGUCACAGUAGUACAGUCCGUUUCUCUGGGAAAUAACUUGGGAAACAGGUUAAAAACCUAUUUUAUUGUGCAGCAGACAUAAUAUUUGUCCAUCUAGAUGGUUAGAAGAGUCUUUUAGGAUUCUGGAAAUAUCUUCAGAGCAGUGUUAUUUAACGACCUUCUGGGUUUUACAUCGUCGGGUAUUUAUUUUUCAGAGAAAUGGAUGGUUACCACCAGGGUCUGAAAUUAAGAUUUUUCCUCAUCUGCCACUGUGGCAGGUUACUGAACAUUUCUACCGGCCACUUUGUCUGCCACUUCUGAAAUCUAUACACUUCAGAAUUGUAAACACUGAGUCAGUGGUACCUGACAGUAGAAAUAUGGAAUAUAUCACAUAUAUAUAUAACCUUAAUCCAUGACUAUUCUUAACCUAAGAAUCUCUUUAAAAAUAAUAUUUAUUAAUAUAGGAAAAACCCAUCUGCCAUGAUGGCAGCCAAUAUAUUUACCCUGUAUUUAGCAGGUAGCAGGUGUUAAUUUCAUUCCCUGGUUACCACUGUCUAAUGUAAUGCUAAUACAUGAGAGGCACAAACUGGGGCUACAUAACAGCAUGCUUUUAAAUCUAUGGGCCACAAUAUUCCUGAUGUUUACACUCCAAAUAUGGCAUUGGUAUAUAUGUUUAUCCAUAAUUCACUGCAAACCUUAAAAUAUCUCAGAAACGAAACACAUUUCUUGUCUUUAUGUACUGUACGUAGCAGAUAAUCAUGAAAGAUGGCUUUGGUUUUACACUGCCAGUUUUAUGGGAAUUAGAGGUUCCUUGAAAGUUAUUGUGUGGGAUGAGAAGUGGCUCAGAGGGAGCUUAAUGUGUUGUUAUAUGUACACUUGCACAGUGUUAUUUUUCAGAGAUACACUAAGCAAAGCUUAAAGCGCAAUUCCAUGAAACAAACGAUGCACAUGUGCCUUCUGCAACCUCAGUUAAUAUGAACUUGAUACAAAAAAAAGCACAAAAUGCAAGACUUUGUUACAUUGCCAGCAACUGCAACUGACCAAAACUGCUGUGUUUUAUUUUCUCUGUCUGCUAAAGCAGAUUUUGUUUUAAUUAAGGUACUUUUCAGUUCCUUGAUUACAUAUUAUGGGUUGUGCAGACAUGAGAAAGGCCUCUAAGCAAAAUUUAUUUAUGAAACUUUUGAAGUUUUGGGUAAAUGCAGCACUUAAAAUGUUUGAUUUGGUAGAAAAUUCUCUCUGCAUUACUUAUUUGUUUGACAGUUUGGACAUUUAGGUCAUGAUAAUAAAGACGAUGUUCAGGGGUCUGUUUA